UAAGGGUAAGAGGGGGCUGGUUUUUGCCUGAAAACACAUAACAUGGAGAUGGAAAACCAACUUGGAGAUCAACAUUCAGAGAUCCCUAGAAGAGGAACAACCUUUUUCAAGACUUGUGGACUCAAUUCCUUGUCAGGUAUUGGGAUACUUUCAAUGCCCUAUGCAGUUUCUCAAGGAGGGUGGUUGAGUUUAGUUCUGCUAUUUCUUGUUGCCAUCCUCUGUUGGUACACAGGGAUGCUUCUACACAGGUGUAUGGAUGUGCGUCCCCUCAUCAAAUCCUACCCUGACAUAGGAGAGGAGGCUUUUGGAUACAAAGGCAGAGCCAUAGUAUCCAUUUUCAUGUACUUAAAGCUGUAUCUAGUGGCCACAGAGUUUCUGAUACUAGAAGGUGACAACAUGGAGAAGUUAUUCCCAAACAUGAGCUUUAAAGUAUGUGGCCUUAGAAUUGCAGGGAAACAAGGCUUUCUGCUUCUCACAGCCCUGGUGAUAUUACCAACCACAUGGCUCAGAAGCUUAGGAGUUUUGGCCUAUGUUUCUGUUGGUGGUGUUCUGGCUUCAGUUAUUCUGGUUGGUUGUGUUAUGUGGGUGGGAGCUUUUGAUGGUGCGGACUUUCAUGAAAGAGGAAAAAUUCUGAAAUUGGAAGGAUUGACUGCUUCUGUCAGUUUCUUUACAUUUUGCUAUUUUGGACACGCUGUGUUUCCAACCCUACGCAGUUCCAUGAAAGAUACAAGACAGUUUCCCAAGGGCCACAUGGAAAAGAGAAGACGUUUUUUUAAUUUUUUUUUUCUCCUCCAUUUAAUUCUAGUAUUUUCCUUAGCCCUGGUUUACUCCAUUGAACUUCUAUUUCAUCCUUUCACAGUUACUAGCCAAUUCCCUACCAAUUUCCAUUCCUACGCAUUUUUUUCACUUGCAUUUUAUUUUCCAUUCCAUUAGCUUUUGAAUCAUCACCAUCUUGAUUUUCCAGUCUGGAAUUAAUGCACAAAAUAAAUAAACAAAAGAGACGAGCACGUUCACUCCAUUUCCAGAUUCAUUCAGAGUUCCAAAACUCAUUCUAUUCCCCUCACAAACAUUCAGAAAAUUGACUUCCUAAUUCAAUUGAUUCCAACAUUCUCUCUUCUCUUCAAAAAAAAAAAAAAAAAAAAGUCACGUGCUAACCGUUCUAUGCUUCUACAAUUCACAAUCAGCACAAAGCUUCUCACUUACGCACGCGAUUCCCCUUCGAUUCUUUUCAUUUUCUUCCACAUUUCUGGACCUAAACUUCAUCCUUCUUCCUCCAUUUUCUGUCAAAUUUCUUCUCCUAUUUUAGAAUCCAAACGGAACAUAUCCAUCUAUCCAUUCCGUCCAUGACAAACCUCCACAUUUGUUCAUCCAUUCUUUCUCCUUUAGCUUGUGCGAUUUUCCUCUUCUUAGUGGCUGCCGUGGAUAAGCUUUUGAAGCUAUUUGAUGGUGUUUUGGAGAUGGAUUUGUGUGGCUAACAGGCUCUUGAUUCUUAGGAGAAGGAUGGAAGAAGCUUGAGUUCAAGGGAGCUGCACAUUGGCUAAGCUUUUACAUUUUAGUUUCCUCUUAAUUUCUUCUUGCAAUUUCUCUAUUUCUAGUUGGAUUUGUGAAGUUGUGAUAUUGCACAUAAGGUUUUUUAUUAAAUGUCUAUGAUAUUUUGUAUGAGAAUACUUGUUAUAUUGUCAUUUGAUUUCUGGAAAUUUGCUGCCAAAUUUUAUAGUUCACUGAUUAAAUGCUUGGUUGUGUUGAAUUGUUGAAGGUCCAAGGUUCUCGCUAUUGUGUGGUUACAUUGCGAGGCUUUGGCAAGACUUAAGUAGGUUUAAUUUGGAAUUGAACCUUGGUGAGGCACUAUUUAGGGGCUGUUAUUUGCUAAUUGAAUGGAUAAUAACACAUUGGAUGCUUAAUGAUGCAAGCGUAGCUCACUACAUAAUCACUAAUUGUUAGGAUUGUGUGUGACUAUGUUUGCUACGUUUGAGAUAGCUCCUGAACAAACUUUGGCCAAUGAGAAUGAUGUUUAGCAAACUAAUUCCAUUCAUUGUCGCAAACAUACUUUCAUUUGAUUACUCACUUUCUCUCAAAACUAAAAUUGCAUAAAUAUUAGCUAGAGUCUUAAUUGCAUUUUUAGAAAAUUAAUCAAACCAAUUUCUUUCAUCAUUUAUAACAUAUUUGAUAUUCAUUCUUAAUCAAUCUCAAAUCCAACUCGCUAGAAGACUUGACCUAGGUUACUCCCUAUAUACAUUAAGGUGUUUGCUUAGUUAAUUUGAGGCUAAUAUGACUUAGGCUUAUCAAAUUUUGCCAUCAUUGCUAGGGAGUUGAAUUAAAUUGAUUUUUGAUUGAUUGUUUGGUGUGUUUAAUUUUUUUUCCAUUUGAUUUUACCUCUGCUUUUGCUCUGUUUUGUCCAGGAAAUCUGUGGAAAAAAAAAUCUUAUGUUUUUAGGCCAAAUUCUAUGAUUUUCAAUCAUUUUGUGGAAAUUUUAAGCAAAAUUAACAGUUUUAGGUAUUAGAUCUUGUGCUUUUAAGCCAAAUUCCAUCAUUUUCCAUGAUGAGGAUGAGAAUCCCCCUCCUCUUAAAAGCAAAAAGAGCUCAAAACUUGAUGUUAACUUAUCUGACCAAAAGGUGAAGUACCCUACCUUCAAGGGUAGCAUUAAUCCAAAAAAAUAACUUGACUAAGGAGUUUAUGAUGGACUAAACUUCAUAGUGAAUGACUACCUGUAACAUCCUACAUUUCUAACAUUAGAGUACAACAUUAGGAUGCCUGAUAGGGGUAUUUCAUGUCAUAGGAAAAGCUAUAGGUAAUUGCAUGCUUUACGAGAAGUAUUGGCGCUCAUGAAGGCAAGUCUAGCUUAUAUAUGAAGAGUAGUCCAACUAAGUAGUAUAUCUAGGAAAAGUAUCCGAAUAAUAUUCUAUGAAAGUAUGUGUGUAACAUCCUAAAAAUUUUAAGACUCAAAUUUAUUUUAAAAUAAAAUAUCUAUAAUUAAAUUAAAAUUAAGAAUAAUUUGAUAAAGGGCCAGAGUUUGAAUUUUACUUAGAAAAAGUUGAGUUUUAUUUUAUUUUUAAUUAUGAAAAAAAUUACUAAAGUUGCCCAGGGCUUUUAUGCUAUAAUAAAAAAUGUUGAGCCCUUGUAAUUUUUUCCAAAUUGUUUU